AUGCCUAAUGGUAAUCAGGGCGCACCUGAGGUGACUGUGCAGGUCCCUGGACCGGGGGCCAGUUCGAGUGAGUCAUCCGUUAGCCACAUAAGUGUUAAGCCACCGCCCUUUUAUCCGGAUAAGCCGACUAUGUGGUUCGCUCAGCUAGAUGGCCAGUUUACGUUGACAAAGAUUACGAGUGACACUACCAAGUUUUAUCAUGCCAUAUCCGUUUUGGAGUAUAAAUACGCGGUUGAAGUUGAGGAUAUUAUAACCAACCCGCCGGCGAGUGAUAAAUAUGGCACCCUCAAGAGGGAACUCAUAGCUCGUUUGUCAAGUUCUAAGCAGGAGCGUUUAAAGCAGUUGAUGUCGAAAGAGGAGCUCGGUGACAGGAAGCCGAGCCAGUUUUUGCGGCAUAUUCGGAGUUUAGCGGGUGCAGAUUAUCCGGAUGAUUUUAUUCGCCAUUUGUGGAUGAGUCGAUUACCUACAGUGUUGCAAAGCAUAGUCGCUUACCAGGAUAAUUUGCCCUUGGACACCGUGGCGCAGAUGGCGGACAAGGUGCAUGAAGUUACCCCGCCCGGACCUGGUUAUCAGGUGGCUGCGGCGUCGUCAUCAAGCGUUCCUGGUUCCAUGAUAGACCAGUUGCAACAGAAAAUUGACGCAUUAGCGUCAAGGCUUGACGCGAUGUCCACCUCCCGGGGCCGUCAGGGUCAGCCCCGGUCGAGGUCCCGCGGCAAGCCACGUAAUCGUUCCAGAAGCCGGCCGCGAGCUGGCAAGCCCAGCGGCGACGGCCAGCGCCUGUGCUGGUACCACUACAAGUAUGCGGAAAAGGCAGAUAAGUGCAUUCCCCCUUGUGCGUAUUCAAAAAACUAG